AUGUUACAUAUUUUGGUUGGCAGAGACCUGCGUGGCAAUGCCUUCCGCUGCGACUGCAAGAUCAAGUGGCUGGUGGACUGGAUGGAGAAGACCAACACCUCGGUGCCCGCCAUAUACUGCGCCAGCCCCUUCGAGUUCCAGGGCCGACGCGUACACGACCUCACGCCGCGGGACUUCAACUGCAUCAGUGCAGAUUUCGCUGUGUACGAGACCUUCCCUUUCCAGUCGCUGUCGGUGGAGUCGUAUGAGUUUGGCGGAGACGAGUACGUGGUGUUUGCCCAGCCCAACACGGGCAUCUGCACCGUCUUUAUAUGGGACCACGUGGAGAUGAUGUUCAGGAAGUAUCACAACAUCACCUCGCGAUCUGCAGUCUACUGCAAGCCUGUGGUUAUCAACAACACCCUCUAUAUGGUUGUGGCACAACUCUUUGGAGGAUCCCACAUAUACAAAUGGGAAGAAGGUCCUCUACGGUUCGUGAAGAUCCAAGACAUCGACACGACGCGAGUGCGCAAACCCAACUUCGUGGAGACGUUCCAGAUUGAGGGCGACUGGUACUUUGCGGUGGUGGACAGCUCCAAGGCCGGCUCUACCAGCAUCUACCGAUGGAACAGCAAUGGCUUCUACUCCCACCAGUCGCUGCACCCAUGGCACCGAGACACGCACGUGGAGUUCCUAGAGGUGGAGGGCAAGCCGCGGCUAAUCCUGUCCAGCGCGUCGCAGCCCCCGGUGGUGUACCAGUGGAACCGCAGCCAACGCCAGUUCGCCUUCUUCUCGCAGAUCGCAGACACAGCGGAUGUGCAGAUGGUGAAGCACUUCUGGAUCCGCAAGGUGCUGUACCUGUGCCUGACGCGCUUCAUUGGCGACUCCAAGAUCCUGCGCUGGGAGGGUCCCCAGCGCUUCGUGGAGAUCCAGACGCUGCCGUCGCGGGGCUCCAUGGCUGUGUACCCCUUCGCCGUGGGCCAGAGGCAGUACCUGCUGUUGGGCAGCGACUACUCCUUCUCCCGGGUCUACCUGUGGGACGACCUGACACAGCGCUACCAGCCCUUCCAGGAGCUGAACCUGUUGGCCCCGCGAGGCUUCAGCCUCAUCUCCGUGGACAACAAGGAUAUACUAUUGGCCGCAAGCUUCAAGGGGAAGACCCUGGCCUACCAGCACCUGGUGGUGGAUCUCAGCGCCAAAUAA